AUGGAAACCACCGCUAAGUCUCUUAUUUCCAUCAUUUUCCUUACAAUGCUCAUCACAGGAUCUUAUGCUACAUGUCCAUUGGCAAGCCUUCUUGUUGUCACAAAAGAGACAGGGGCAAUAGUAGGAGGCAAAAAACUAUUCAAGGUUACAAUAUACAACAAGUGUACAUGUCCACAAAGUCAAAUAGUAUUGAAUUGUAGAGGUUUUACUUCUACAUAUCCUAUUGACCGUUCAAUACUUAUUAAGCAAGGGGAUAAUUGCCUCUUAUUUAAUGGUCAUGCAUUGGUUGGAAAUGAUGCUAAUCAAUUUGCCUAUGCUUGGGAUGCACCCUUUAAUCUUUAUCCUGUAAGUGCUGUUACAGGUAGUCCUUGCAAAUAA